CACAAGAGGAUUACCUCUUCCGCAAUACUUUGUAGAUGUUUUCCCCAAAAUUCUAUGCCAAAAUUUGAUCAGUCUCUUCAAAUUCCUCUUGGUGUUUGAAAAAAAGUGUUGGACGAGGUUAUCUUCACCGCAGAUAUUCGUACAUCCCUUCCUUGAACUCAAUUAUUUUAAAGUAAAAUGUCGAUUCGAACAAACAAGAUGAAAGCAGUAGCUGUGUUGAUGAAGCAGUUGACGACAGCAAGGAGGAAAUUCCAUGAAAGGGGAAGAGAUGAAUCAUUUGAUGGGAAGUUGGAGAAGUUGAGGUUGGAUCUGAAUAAGAUAAAGGAUGUGUUUGUGAGAGUGAAGAAGAAGGAAGAAGAACUUCUUGACACAUUAGCAGAGGUAUAUGACCAUCUUCGUAAGUUAGAUUGCAGGAAGCUGGAUCAAGACAUGAAUGGCAUUUGCCAGAGAAUCAGAGAUUCUGCUCACAACUUGCUCCCAACGCUUGUUUUUGAUGACUCAUCUAAGGAGGAGGAUGACAAAAUAUUUCACUCAUCAAAAGACUUGGUGCAGCCCCAUCAAGAUAUUUGCACUAAGGAAGAUUAUGACCAACUAAGCCUUCCAUCAAGAAAUUGCUUGUUAUCUCUCUUCAUUUUUCCUGAGAACGCUGUGAUAAAGAAAAGAAAUGCAAUUAAUUUGUGGAUUGGAGAGGGUUUGAUUACAAAUAAUAAGAAGAAAACAGCAGAGGAAAUGGGUGAGGAUGUGAUUGAUGAUCUUUUGAAAUUUAAUGUGAUUGUACGGUAUGGUAAUUGGAAGAGUCCCGUUGUUAAUAAAUUUCAAAUUCUUCCCGGUGUUCGUGAUCUGAUAGAAGGACAUGUAUCAAAACAAUAUGUGGAGCAUCAUGGAACUUAUUUUUCGAUAUCCCUUCUUAGGCUACUUAGAAUGGAAGGGUUAGAGCUUGACCAAAAAAGAGUUACACUAGGUGGUCGGUAUUACAUUGACCGUACCAUACCUACUGUUUUUAAUAUUGGUUCAAAUUACCUAAAUUUUAGACCGCAAUGGGUCUCUGAAUUGAAGAAUUUAGUGGUGUUUCAACUUGGGCGUUGGCAAGAUUCAGCUUUGCAUCACAUCGAAGUUGGGAGUCAAGAAUUCUUGAAAGAGUUGAGAUAUCUAAAGAAGUUGAAAUAUGUGAGUCUCCGUGGGAUUUCAAGAAUAUUCGAGCUUCCAUCCUCCAUUACUGAACUUGAGAAUCUACUAAUUCUUGAUGUGAAAGCAUGCCAUAAUUUGGAAAGACUACCUGAUGAUAUUUCAUCAAUGAAAAGUCUGACACACCUUAUUAUGUCUGAGUGUUGGCUUCUAGAGGGCAUGCCAAAGGGGAUUGAGAAUCUGAGUAAUCUGGAAGUACUGAAGGGAUUUCUAAUAAGCACUCCUGAAAAGACUCCUUGCAGAAUAUCAGAUCUUGUAAACCUGAGAAAAUUAAGGCGACUCAGCAUACAUAUAGGAAGUGAGGCCGAGAUGAGGGAUGGGGAGUUUGAAAAUUUGAAAGAUUUUUUGGCACUGAAGCAUCUAAAAAUAUCUUGGAGCGUGUCUGACCCAAAGUGUGCUAACAUUCAUGGUCUUUUGCCAUAUGGUUUGAGAAAGUUGCAUCUUGAAUGUUUUCCUGGAAAGUCUUUUAAAGAAUGUUUUAUGUUGAAACACAGUUAUGCACAUUAUUUCACAUUGUUAGACAUAAAGAUAACGGGAGGAAAACUGGAAAGUAUGAAAGAAGAUCUUGAAUGGAGAAUGGGAUCACUGCGUCUGAAGUACCUUAAGCAGUUGAACGUGGACAUAGACGAUUUGAAAGCAUACUUUCCUGACCUGAGAUAUGUAGAAGUUAAACAAGUCUCAAACAUUUCAUACCUUCAACAUCAAUGGGCAGAUUAAUAGGACUUCAUGCUGUAAAAUGUUGUGCAUAUUGUUUAAUUCGUUCUCUGAAUAAUAUUAUGUUAUUUACACUAUGUUGAAACAAUAAAUAUGAUUUGUCUGUGUUACUAAA